GGUUGCGAGGUAACUAUGCAGAGUUGAGUGAGUGUUGUAGGGAGGGGUGAGUGUGCAUAGGAUUAUUAUGGGAUGUCUCUACCGGAUUUCUUUGUGUGUAUGUGAAGAUGUUCGCUUCUGGUCAAUGACGCUGGAGAUAGGGGAGAAGAGUGGACGACGUAGCCCAAAGACUUAAAGCUUAUUUAUUUAUAUGUGAUAGAUAUAACCUUACGGAUUCGCGUCAGACUAUUGUUGAUCAUAUCGUGGACUAUCUACACCUUGGACUGACCUUGUCCGGACGUCUCCUGAAGCAUUAUGUCGGGGAGUGAAGACGACAGGGACCAUUUUGGACCCAUGAGAGAUGAUGAAGAUGCAGAUGAACCGAUGCCAGAGAUAGAGGCUCCCAAAUCCAAAAAGAAGAAGAAGGCAAAGAAAAGUCGUGAAAGUAGGACCAGCAAACGACAGAAAGCCCUCAGAGAGGAAGUUCCUGUCAGCUCUCCUGAAGUGAUGGAAGCGAUCAGAAUGGUUGGAGAGGAAGAAGAAGAGGAGGACAGAGGGGUGCGAUCUGAGAGUGAAGGAAGUGAUUAUGCACCGAGCAAGAAGAAGAAAAAGAGAUCAAGCUCCUCCAAGGAAAGGAAGAAGGGUUCAGCAGGAGAGAAGGUUGGCAGCUCAUCUGGAGGAAAAAGCAAACGUAAAGAUCCAGAGCCUGAGGAGGAAGAUGAUGAUGACGAUGAUGAUGAUGGGCAGGAGCCCAAGUCCUCCUCUCAGCUAUUAGCAGACUGGGGAAUGAAAGACAUCUACUACACCUUCACCCAGGAGGACUACACCUCUCUCACCAAUUACAAAGCUUUCAGCCAGUUUGUCAGGCCUCUUAUAGCUGCUAAAAACCCUAAGAUCGCUGUGUCAAAGAUGAUGGUGGUUUUGGGAGCUAAAUGGCGGGAGUUCAGCACUAAUAACCCCAUGCGAGGCUCAGCGAGCGCCAACGCAGCCCUGGCAGCUGCCAAUGUAGCUGCUGCAGUGGAGAGUAUGGUGACCAGGGUGGAUGGAGGAGGGGCAGCACCUGUGGCCACGCCCACACCGACAGCAGCUCCUGCUGCGCCGGCCCCUCCACCCCAACAGCCCCCAGCUGUCCCCCUACGGAAAGCCAAGACCAAAGAGGGCAAAGGCCCAAAUGCACGAAGGAGGUCCAAACCCACCCCAAAGCCCCAGGACAAAAAGUCUAAAGCGAAGAAAGUGGCUCCACUCAAGAUUAAGCUGGGCAACUUCAAGAGAAAACGUUCCUCCAGUGGUGAGGACGAUGAAGGUGAGAGCGAUUUUGACAGUUUCUCUGUCAGUGAUGGUUCCAACAGUCGUGGCAGCCGGUCCAAAAGUAAGAAAUCCAAGAGCUCCAAGAAAAAGAAAAGAGUGGAUGAGGAGGCUGACGGCUAUGAGACUGAUCAUCAGGACUACUGUGAGGUGUGUCAACAAGGCGGGGAGAUCAUUUUGUGUGACACCUGUCCACGAGCCUAUCACAUGGUGUGUCUAGACCCUGACAUGGAGAGAGCCCCUGAGGGCACCUGGAGUUGUCCACACUGCGAGAAGGAGGGAAUUCAGUGGGAGGCUCGUGAGGAGAGCUCUGAUGCGGAAGAGGAUAAUGAUGAUGGAAGAAGAGAUGGAGGAGAUGUAGAAGAGGAGGAUGAUCAUCACAUGGAGUUUUGUCGGGUGUGUAAAGAUGGAGGAGAGCUUCUGUGCUGUGACACCUGCCCCUCGUCCUACCACUUACAUUGUCUCAAUCCUCCUCUGCCAGACAUCCCCAACGGAAAGUGGAUCUGCCCUCGCUGUCUGAGUCUUCCACUAAAGGGCAAAGUCCAGAAAGUUCUGACUUGGCGAUGGGGUGAAGCCCCUCCCCCUAUGCCAGUGCCCCGCCCUGCAGACCUCCCAGUUGACGCCCCGGAUCCUCCUCCUAUGAUUGGUCGAAAGGAGAGAGAGUUCUUCGUAAAGUGGUGUAACAUGUCAUACUGGCACUGUUCUUGGGUCCAAGAACUACAGUUGGAGCUGAACUGUCAAGUAAUGUUCCGUAACUACCAGCGGAAGACAGAUAUGGAGGAGCCCCCCAAUCUGGAGCUGGGUGCUGAGGGAGAUGAGGAUAAGAGCUGUAAGAGGAAGAAUAAAGAUCCUUUCUAUGCACGUAUGGAGGAUCAGUAUGGACGCUUUGGCGUAAAGCUUGAGUGGCUCCUCAUCCACCGAAUCUUGAACCACAGUGUGGAUAAGAAAAAUAACGUUCACUAUUUGAUCAAAUGGAGGGAUUUGCAAUAUGAACAGUCAACCUGGGAGUGUGAAGACAUGGACAUCCCAGACUUUGAGACUUUCAAACAGCAUUACUGGAACCACAGGGAACUUAUGCUUGGAGAGGAGGGCAGACCGGGUAAAAAGCUUAAGAAGGUGAAAGUAAAGAAGACAGAGAGGCCUCCUGUUAAUCCUGUGGUGGAUCCAACCAUAAAGUUCGACAGGCAGCCGGAUUAUCUGGACACCACAGGUGGUACACUUCACCCAUACCAGCUGGAGGGACUGAACUGGUUGCGUUUCUCUUGGGCUCAGGGCACUGACACCAUUCUAGCUGAUGAGAUGGGUCUCGGAAAAACUGUUCAGACUGCUGUCUUCCUUUACUCGCUCUACAAAGAGGGCCACUCGAAGGGGCCAUUCCUGGUGAGUGCCCCUCUGUCCACCAUCAUUAACUGGGAGAGGGAGUUUGAGAUGUGGGCCCCAGACAUGUACGUGGUCACUUAUGUGGGUGAUAAAGACAGCAGGGCUGUCAUACGGGAGAAUGAAUUCUCCUUUGAGGACAAUGCCAUCCGCGGUGGGAAGAAGGCCUCCAAAAUGAAGAAAGAGGCUUCUGUGAAGUUCCACGUGCUGUUAACGUCCUACGAGCUGAUCACGAUUGAUCAGGCCAUCCUGGGUUCCAUCGACUGGGCCUGUCUUGUGGUAGACGAGGCCCACAGACUCAAAAACAACCAAUCAAAGUUCUUUCGUGUGUUGAACAACUACCCCCUCCAGCAUAAGCUGCUGUUGACAGGCACUCCUUUACAGAACAACCUGGAGGAGCUCUUCCAUCUGCUCAACUUCCUCACGCCUGAGAGGUUUAAUAACCUAGAAGGCUUCCUGGAGGAGUUUGCUGACAUUGCAAAAGAGGACCAGAUUAAGAAACUGCACGACAUGUUGGGUCCACACAUGCUAAGAAGACUCAAAGCUGAUGUCUUCAAACACAUGCCCUCAAAAACUGAACUCAUCGUGCGAGUGGAGCUGAGCUCCAUGCAGAAGAAGUACUACAAAUACAUCCUGACACGCAACUUUGAAGCUUUGAACACUCGUGGUGGAGGAAACCAGGUGUCUUUGCUCAAUGUAGUUAUGGACCUGAAGAAGUGCUGUAACCACCCCUACCUCUUCCCCACAGCUGCUAAUGAAGCACCGAAAAUACCCAAUGGCAUGUAUGAUGGCAGUGCCCUUACAAAGGCUUCGGGAAAACUGAUGCUUCUGUGGAAGAUGCUGAAGAAAUUGAAGGAUGGUGGACAUAGAGUGCUUAUAUUCUCACAGAUGACAAAAAUGUUGGACUUGCUAGAAGACUUCCUGGAAAACGAGGGAUACAAGUAUGAAAGGAUAGAUGGAGGGGUGACUGGAGGGAUGAGACAGGAAGCCAUCGAUAGGUUCAAUGCUCCUGGUGCGCCUCAGUUUGUUUUCCUCCUGUCCACCAGAGCAGGAGGUUUGGGCAUCAAUUUGGCAACCGCUGACACCGUCAUCAUCUAUGACUCUGACUGGAACCCGCAUAAUGACAUCCAGGCGUUUAGCCGGGCUCAUCGUAUUGGUCAGAAUAGGAAGGUGAUGAUCUAUCGAUUUGUCACUAAAGCAUCUGUGGAGGAAAGAAUUACGCAGGUAGCAAAGAAGAAGAUGAUGUUGACCCACCUGGUGGUGCGGCCCGGUCUGGGCUCCAAGGCUGGAUCCAUGUCCAAACAGGAAUUGGAUGACAUCUUGAAGUUCGGCACUGAGGAGCUUUUUAAAGGCGAGAUCGGAGAAGGUGACAGUAAGGAGGAGGACAGCAGUGUGAUACACUAUGAUGACAAGGCGAUUGAUCGUUUGUUGGAUCGGAACCAGGAUGCAACUGAUGACACAGAGCUGCAGAGUAUGAAUGAAUACCUCAGCUCCUUUAAAGUGGCCCAGUAUGUGGUCAAAGAUGAGGAAGAGGAGGAGGAGGAUGUGGAUAGAGAGAUCAUUAAACAGGAAGAGAGUGUAGAUCCCGAUUACUGGGAGAAACUCUUGCGUCAUCAUUACGAGCAGCAGCAAGAAGAUUUGGCUCGUCAUCUGGGCAAAGGCAAACGGCCACGCAAACCUGUCAACUACAAUGACUGCUCACAGGAGGACAGAGGUAGUAGACGGGAUUGGCAGGAUGAUCAGUCUGAUAACCAAUCAGAUUACUCUGUUGCUUCAGAGGAGGGUGAUGAGGACUUUGAUGAACAUUCUGAAGCUAACUCUCGAAGGCCGAGUCGCAAAGGCUUGAGGAACGACAAAGACAAACCAUUGCCCCCCCUACUGGCCAGAGUGGGAGGAAAUAUUGAGGUGUUGGGUUUCAAUGCUCGUCAAAGGAAGGCCUUCCUGAAUGCAGUUAUGCGUUAUGGGAUGCCACCACAGGACGCCUUCACCACCCAGUGGCUCGUUAGAGACCUGCGAGGCAAAUCAGAAAAAGAGUUCAAGGCAUAUGUGUCCCUUUUUAUGCGCCACCUGUGUGAGCCAGGUGCUGAUGGGGCAGAAACAUUCGCUGAUGGCGUUCCACGGGAAGGGCUGUCACGACAACAUGUACUCACACGCAUAGGUGUGAUGUCACUGAUUCGCAAGAAGGUACAGGAGUUUGAGCAUGUGAACGGUCAAUGGUCAAUGCCCUGGAUGAAAGAACUGGAGGAAAGCAAGAGAGCAGCGGCCAUCGCAGCAGGAGAAGAUCCAAAAACACCCUCUACUGGAACACCGGCUGAUACACAGCCCAACACACCAGCCCCAGAAGACCUGUCCAAGAGUGAGGACACAGGCAAAGAGCUGGAGGAGAAGAGAGAUGGAGAUGGAGAGAAGGAGACGAAGGGCUCCAGACAGGAGGAUGAUAUCAUUGAGAUUCCUGAUGAAGGUGAGAAACCCCCCAGUCCAGAGAAAAAGGAAAAAGAGAGAGAGGUCACAUCACCGUCAGGGGAGAAGGAUGGAGGGAGCAGAGAGUCAGACAAGGAGAAAGAGAAGGAUGGAGAGAGAGAGGAAAGGUUGGCUAAAUCAAAGGAGAAACCCAUCUCUUCAGAUGUCAAGGCUAAAAGUUCUGAGACCUCAAGCAGUGCAGACACAUCCAAAACUAAAGAAGAAACUUCUGAAGAGAAGGCAGAGAAAAUGGACACUUGCCCAGCUGGAGAAGAGAAGAAAGAGUUGAAAGAAGAGAAGGAUGGCACAAAGACCGAGAACUCUGCUAAGCUUCAAAAUGGAGAGAAUGCAAAAGACACAAGUGGAGGAGGAGAUGGAGUAAGUGAGGAGAAGAAGAAGGCAGUGAAGCAGAGGUUCAUGUUUAACAUCGCUGAUGGAGGAUUCACAGAGCUUCACUCUCUCUGGCAGAAUGAAGAGAGAGCCGCCACGGUCACCAAGAAGACUUACGAGAUCUGGCACCGUCGCCAUGACUACUGGCUGUUGGCCGGUAUCAUACAUCACGGCUACGCUCGCUGGCAGGAUGUGCAGAAUGACCCGAGAUUCGCCGUCCUCAAUGAGCCGUUUAAAGGAGAGAUGAGUCGAGGAAAUUUCUUGGAGAUCAAAAACAAGUUUCUUGCUCGCAGGUUUAAGCUGUUGGAACAAGCUCUGGUGAUCGAGGAGCAGCUCAGACGCGCUGCAUAUCUGAAUAUGACAGAGGACCCGUCUCACCCCUCCAUGGCACUCAACACACGCUUCAGUGAGGUGGAGUGUCUGGCUGAGUCACACCAGCACCUCAGCAAAGAGUCCAUGUCAGGAAACAAGCCUGCUAAUGCAGUACUGCACAAAGUUCUCAAACAACUGGAAGAGCUACUCAGCGACAUGAAGGCUGAUGUCACCCGCCUACCGGCAACCAUCGCUCGGAUACCGCCUGUCGCCGUACGGCUGCAGAUGUCUGAGAGAAGCAUCCUUAGUAGGCUGGCCAGCCGAGGACCAGAGGUCACACAGACGCAGGCGCCACGUUGAUGACCCCUGGAUGAAUUGUUCACCGCUACCUCCUAUAAGCGAUGAGGAAUGACUUGACUUUCUCUCACACAUACAGACAUACACCUGGUUUAGGUGAUCCAUUGUAUAUACAGAUAAUAAGGUCAGGCUGCCCGCACUAGUUUGGAUAGAAGUAUAGUGGACAGGGGUCCCUAGCUAACACACAGUGGUUCCCUCACAUUUUCUGUUAAACUCCUCCAGUCAAUUUAGAACCAUCCCACCCCAAAUCUUAUGAAACAACACCUGCUGACCAGAGAGAUGUACUAGCAUAUUAAAAUACACAGCACCCACUCUUCAGCCCAAUAGAAUUCUCCAAUAGAACCUCUUCAGGCUUUUCAUGUCACUUCAUCUACACCGUAUGUCCGUACAGGGCAAGGUUAAUGACCCGGUGUGGAUUUCGACCAUGCACAGAUUGGAGUGAAAGCUUUGAGAGAUCUUUGCAGUUGAGUCACUUUCUUCCUCAGGUGUGUACUUGUGUUGUAAUUCACAUUAGUUGAAUCACUGUGUUUGUGCAUUUUCAUAAUUAUGCUCCAAAAAUGCUUGUUUGAGCUCUGAAUCAUGAUGUGGUCUUCAUCUUGCCUGUACUGUAAGCACUGUUAGCUGUUUUCAAGUACUUGAGGCAGCAGUUGGAAGAUGAUUGAAAGGUUUAUGCAAAUGUCAAAACACACAGACUAUUAUAAGGCCAUCAAAUGACCUUUCAUUCUUGUAGAGUUUAAAAAAAAUUAUAAUCAAGAUUUUUUCGAUUAUGAGAACUGCUGCUUUGAGAAGAGACAUUCUGUUCCAUGUUAACCGUUGUUUAUGAAUGAAGUCUGUGCUUGUUAAAAAAUCCACUCUUAUUCCCCAUCCUCUCUUCUGAUUGGCUUCUGAACAAUGUAUUUAGAGGUUCUAGUAAGCCAGUUUCUUUUUCUUAUAAAAGAAAAAUCCCCCUAGCACAGGUGACAACAUACAGCUGUUAAUUUAACUUCUAAUUUUACACUUUCAAGAGUUUUGAAUAUCUCACUUUGUAAUUAUUGUUGUUGCCCUUGUAUUGUUUUUAUGUCCUCUGUUUCUGUUUUUUCAGACCUGCAAUAAAAGGUAACAAAAAUG